AGAAAAUCGAUCGUUGAAGGCCUAGCAGCAGCAUUCAUGGUGAUCGUCGGGAUCAGCAUCGUCGACUACCUAUAGCCCUCCCGGUUUCGUUGAAAAAGCGAUUUAUCAGUUGGGGUACUUCCCUCGUGAGUUAAGAAAGUACAGUAUAGUUAUAGCCUGCGAUCCUUAGUUUAUGAAAAUGAUAUUUGUUUUUUGUUUACGUAGUUUCUAACACUGGAAAAAGCUGAUUUUCUAAUAGUUUUUUCUUCUAAAGUAAUCAUAAGUCAAACUCCAAACUUUCUAAUCACAGUAUCACGUGCUGAGUAAGUAUAUCAUAUUUUCCUUUUUGCCUAUUCAGUUUUUGAAGACUAAAUAGUAACUUAAGUCAAAGUGAGUCACGUCGCUAACGCUUUUUCACGAUCAGUAUUAAUCAGAAUUAAACAUGCGAAAACACAUUUUCUAACUACAUCGUAGUCGUUUUUUCAUACUGAUCGUUAUUAAAAUUAGCUUUAUCAUCAGCAAAACGAUUUCUUAAAUUUCAGCUAAAUUAAAACGCAAAGAAAAUAAAUUAUUAUUACAAAAAUUUCGAGAAAAAGAUGCUGGUCAGCAUCGAAAGAGUCGUCAAAAGACAAGAGAAAUUUCAAUUAAAAUGACUAAAAUUCGUGAACGAAAUCGAGCUCGACUAGCCAAACGUCGACUAAAACUGACUUCAGAAAAGGUUGGUUUACGAUUAAGUAAAUUACCUUUGUCGUCGUCUUCAACAAUACCAAAAUUCGCGUACAAAUGUUUUGAAAAUUUAGCACCUAUCGCACCGUCGAGAUCAACUAAUCUUUCUGAAGUAAUAAAAAAUAAUGUUAUACAAUUUUAUUAA